AUGAAGCUGUUGUCGCUGGGCAAGACCAGCCAGACCAGAGUAAUCAAACUUAAAGCCAGCUACAAGCUACUCCAUGAUACCUUGAAGAGUACUCAAGAUUCUGAGAUUCAGCUUUUGGGAGAAGCCAAGCGGUGUCGUGCUGAGCUGGAGAGGCUGCGGGCCAAGGUGGAGAGUACAGAGGAGCAGAGCACCUCCGAGGAGCCUCAAAGUGAGGUCAACGAACUGAGGCAACGGCUCCUCCAGGCAUACAAUGAACUGAAAGGUGCUGAGGAGAGAGAGUACAAGAUACAACAUGAACUGAAGUGUCUCCGGGAAGAGAAGCGCUAUCUGGAGAAAGAGAAUGAGAUUCAGACGAAACCUGCUAGGCUGGAGAGCAAUAUAAAGGCCAUGCAGGAGAAAUAUGAGGAUCUGAAGAAAGAGGUGUCCCUGAGACAACUAGAAAUCAGAAGCUUGAUGGAAGAUGUGGAAACCCAUGAAACGCAGAUAUUGAAAGAACAGAAACAGCUGGAAGACAAGAAGGAGAUGAUCGAGCUGAAAGAGGCUGAGAGAGCCCGGCUCAUCAGUGUACCUGACCAGAUUUUAAAGGAGACUGAAAGGAAACGCUCUAAACGGGAAGCUGCAAUGAAGAAGAUAGAAGCACUGAAUAUGGAGAUUUCAGAAGCGGAGAAGCAAGUGAAGGAGGUGGAUGAGCGUAAUAAUUCCCUCAGGAGGAAGAGGGAGGAGGUGAUACAGGAGCAGGAAGUUCUCAGGGCCCAAGUAGAGGCCAGUCAGAGGGAGCACAGACGGCUGCUGAAAGAGCAGGAGGUCUGCAGGGAGGAGGUCACUGAAUUAAUGGGCAACAGAGGCAUCUUGGAAAUGAAGCUGAAGAGCAUCAUGUCUGACAGAAAGCACCUGUAUGAGAGCCAAUCUGUGCAGCUCAGGGAGAAAAAUAGGCAGAUGCAAGUCCUCAAGAGGAUGGAGCAUGCAUUGACCAUGGCCACAGAACAGCUCGAACUCACACAAUCUAUCUACAACAGAUUACAGGCGCAGCUAGAUGCUGUGCCCGAAAGAGAGGCCAGUGUUCAACAAAGGAUGGAGCUCCAGAAAGAGGUGGAUGGUCUCAAAGUCAACUUUGAAAAACAGCUAUCAGUGGCUGAGGAGGAGAGCCAGAAGAAGCAGCAGUAUGGGAUGAUUCAGGAGCUGCUGAGGGAGUCAAACCGCCUCAGAGAAGAGCUCCAUAACCUCAGAUGUCUCACACAGAUCAAAGCAGAGGAGAGGGGCCAGAAGCACCGUGAACUGCUCAGGGCUGAGCAACUGAGCCAGCACAUCCAGCGGGAGCUACGAGAGAAAGACCUGAUCGUCACGGACCACAACAAGCUCAACGCUAUGCUACAGCGCAGAAUAUCCCAGUAUUCUAAACUGUGUGAUAUGAUCGUGGAAGAGAAGAACAAGUACAUCAAGUUGAAGGAAAUCGCCUCACAGACAACCACAGAGUUGAUGGAGCAGAUUAAACUCCUGGAAAAUGAGAAGGAAAUCCAACGCACUAUUGUCAUCAACAAGGAAAGAUCGCUUGCAAAGGCCUGUAUGAAGAUCUCUAACAGCUCCAAAAUGAGGGACAAACUACACUAUGACAUCUCAAAGGUUGCCUGGAAGCAGCAUAACAUCAGUCAGGACUGUGAGGACAACAAACUUGAGCUGACAAGACUCUCACAAAUGAUCAAACUCCAGGAGGAGACGCUUCUGGAUAUAAACAAGAAUCACGAAACUGCCAUACAGCGACGCAACUUUCUAGGAAUUCAGCUCCUGGAACACGAGGAGGUUUUGUUCAACUACCACGAGAAGGUGAACAUCCAGGAGGCAGCCAUCACAAAGACCAAUAUGGCUAUGGAGACCCUGGAGAAGGACAUCAAAGACUUGGAGAUGGCAAUUAAAGAGGAGAGGAGGCACAUAGACCUGAAGAAGAAAGACGUGCUCCUCAAGAGAAAACUGGAGGGAGAGAUUGCCAUGCUGCAGAUAGAGCUGUCCGAAGCCAGAGACAAGACCCUCGAAGGUCUAAAUCAAACAGUCGAUUACAAGGAGCUAAAAGGCAGCGACCCAUCAUCGGUAGAGCUGGUGAAGAAAAUCGAGCAGCUCGAGGUGAAUCUGGCCGAGCGCGAGAGGCAGCUGCUGGAAAAAGAGCUCCUCGUGGACCAGGUGACCCGGCUCUCGAAGCCACUCGGCGAGCAGGCGGAGAACUGCCGACAGGACAGACUCGCGCUGGCAAAGAAGCUGAACGAGCUCCGGGCCAACAUAAUUAACACCAACCACCGCAUGAUGGCCGUUUCUGCAGAGCUUUCCAUGAAGCAGGCGCUUGCUUUGUCUGAGCAGCAGCAGAUCAAAGAGAAAGAGCUCCAGAUGGACAGAUGCCAGCGGCGGCUGGAGCAGGGCCUGCCACCGUACCCCGAGACAGAGGAGGAGUGGAGGAGGAUGCUCCGGGACAAGAAGAGGAGACAGAAGGACAAAGAGGCGAGAGCGAGGCCUGACAAAGAAGAGGAGUGGAACCAGUUGCCCAACGGAGAAUACACGAUGGCCGAAGCUCGCCCCAACGCCUACAUCCCCCAGAGCGACCCGCUCCCGGUGCCCAAACCCUACGGCGCCCAGGCUCCCUUCAAACCCUCCCAACCGGGCGCCAACAUGAGACACAUCCGCAAACCAACGCUCAAGCCCUUAGAGAUGUAGAAAGCAGCGAAUGCACACAGAGUCCUGACAUAAUCUCUGGAGAUUGAAGCCGAGCUGACAGGAUGAUCCCACAUAUGGUAGAUC